UGGGCAAAAGAAACAACUCUUCAGCGUAAUGAAGAAUGGAUUAUUGGUACCAAUAAGGUUAACGUGCGUGAUUCGCUGACAUUGUGGCAGAAUGAAAAAAAGCGUCCACACAAUGACCUUGCGUAUUACGAUAUAAUUGAUAUUACACCCGGUACCAACAGUGAUUUUGUUAAGAAACGAUCAAAAGACGAAUUCGAAGAAAUGAUGAAAUAUGGAUCAUCAAUACCUGAUAUCGACAAUAGUGAUGUCAAGGAAUUAAUUGUGAAAGCAAUCAAGGAACCUGAUUUUCAAAAGGCCGUAGAAAACAAUUUUUUAUCGACGAGAAAUGAUGAUAGAAAAAAAUUUACGUGGGACUUUGCAUACCAACUUGCUAAUUCCUUUGAGCGCGGAAAUGAUCUUCUUAAUGAGAACUUAACCGAAAGAAUGUACCGUGAAGUCUUUUUCACACCAAUCAUGCGAAGCUUAUUUCAAAAAUUACGUGAAGAUAUGAAGGUUUUUUUUGGCGAGAUAUCCUUAUUUGCAUCAGCGGAGGAUUAUGACUUGACCAAAAAUGAUGAAGAGGAUCGCAGUAGCGGACGAAAAAUCGAUAUUGUUUGGACAACAUUGCCAAAAAUUGAAUUUGCUAUCGGAGAAGUUAGUGGUCCGCCUAACCAACGUCAGCAUUCACACUUUUUUGGAGAUAAGCUUAAAAUUGCAAAAAUGCUAAAAGUAAUGUUGAAUAGAAUAGUACGAAUGUAUGGAGGUAUCGGGGAAAGUUUGAGCUUACUAAAGCUAUAUGGUUUACAAAUUUACGAUCAUACUGCAUUUGUUUACGAGAUGACUGUGCCAUAUAAAGGGUUAUAUGUGUAUAGAGAGGUUCAGCGGUUCCAAUUACCAACGAAUCGUAAUAAUGUAGUAUUGUUAUGGCGAUCUGUGCGAAACUUCCUUCUAUUUAAGGAAUUGCUUAUCCAGAGCUUAAAUAAUUUGAAUUUAUACAUAAUGGAAGCAAAUCUUCACACACCGACUGAAAACAAUAGUGCAUCCUUAUUUGUAACGCAGAUGUCAUAUACACCGAAAAAAUAA